UCACUAUAUUCUUAACGAGCGAAUAACCCGUUUAGCCACUUUACCCGCAUUUUAUCCAUCUUUCACCCGUUUCCCGUGUUAAUCAGCUCACGGACAUGACCCGUUUAGAUAACAUAACCGGAAUAUAACCAGCCGCCUAAACCAUAUCUGAAAUUUGCCUUCUUUACCGACAUUCAAUGCUACAUUAAUGCAGGUUGGGAGUUAAUUUGGUAAAUUUUUGUAUGAAGAUGGAAAUUACAUGUAAUCAGGGAUACAUGCUAUUCAUUGUGAAUUUCAUUUCAAAUUUCAAAUUGAAGUUCAUCAAUUUAGUUGGAUGAAAUCGUCUAUGUUUCGACGUCUUGAUUGUUAACAAGCGGACUCCCCUCCAAUGGAUUUAUAUUCGCAGCAUACUCAUCGGAAGGAUGCAAAUACAGGUUUCUGCACACCAUACACACCAUUCCAUACUUUAUCAGUCAGGGAAGUCUGCAAAUGAUUUCUCAUUUAUUAUGUAAUGUUUGUUGCAUUCUAUAUUUCUGUAUAUGAAUUCGUAUGCAGUGUACAUGUUUGAUGAAAUUUCCAAGAGAGAUAAGCAAUAAAAAGGGUUUGGGGUCAGUGAAAGAUUUGGUGGCAAUGGCCAACGAAGCUUGAUAAGAAAGUGAAGAUAGGGCAGCCUAUUAUUGUUCACUUCCGAGCUUCUGGUGUUAUGCUUUUAAGUACCGUGUUCACGUUUUUUUUGCUUUUUGCCAUUGAUCUUUCCCAUUACCAUUCUCUCAAUGAUUCUCAUCAUAAUCUCCGUUUAUUAAGUAUGUAGGCAUACUCAAUGGAUGAUAAUAAUCAUGGCUCUUCUGGACAAGGUGUAUUGCCGGUGCUCAGAAGCAUGUAUACAAUUUUAGAUUUAAAGCGUCAAGGUUGCUGUAAUGCUCUGGAUGCUUAUCUGCAAUAGAGGGUGAUAAACAUGCAAAUUUGUGCCAGGUAGCCAUGGGCCUUUGCUGAGAAAAGUACAAGACGUUUUCAAGGAAAUGAAAAAGAACAAAACGGCAUUGUUAGUGGAAUGGCGUCGGGAGUCAUUAUUUUGGCCAGGUCCGACAGAAAAGCCAAGACAUUGGCGAUUUUGAAAGAGAAUAGAAAUACCAAUGUAGUUGCAGGCACCAUAGCAGUUACCUCAUAUCCUACGCCUGAUCAGUUAUUAUUCUGCAGCUAUUGAAUCCACUGAAAAAUCAAAACAAGCCGCUGCAAAAGAACUGAAUGAAGAGGCGAAAGACCUAGCGUCACAGGGUGAUGAAAAAGCACGCUAAUUAGCAUCAGCUUCUGUUGAAAGCCUCUUGGCUAAAGCCAAGGACAUGAGUUCAAGCUUCUCUUGGGACAAGUUGAGUUCACAACUUGCAACUGCAGUUCAAAAUUUUUAGGAGGAACCAAGAUUUAGAGUGCUUGAGUUCAGGGACAGUCCAGGGCUCAGAAAUUGCCUUCUAAAAAAGCAGUCAUGAAAAAAGCCCUUGCAUCAGAAAGGAAAGAGGCCCCCAAGCCAAAAGCUGAACAAGCAGAGUCUUGGUGCUGGUGAUGAAUGUAUUUGCUGGACUUUUUAAGCAGGAGACUAUCUACGUUGAUGAUGAUUGUGGAAAAGAUUAGUAUUUUUUUCAGUACACACAUUUCAGCUCGGACAAAGGAUAUGAUCACCUCCAUACAGUUGGGUCGUUUUCCUGUAUAGUGCUUAACUGCUUUCGCAGCGCUUCUGAGCUUCUCAAUUUAUUAUUUCACCCGAUUGACGCACUUGAAAAGAUAAUUGUCAGAGAUAUAGAGAAAGGGGCAUGCAUCAUUCUUUUGAUUCGGGAUGCUGGCUGCAUCAUCCUGGUAUUUCAAGAUAAAUAGGUUCUGGACGAGGAAGAGUAUUUGCAGCUGCAGGAAGGGGAAUGGGAGGUGGAAGUGGAUGAGGCAGCUCUGGUUGGGGGAGAGGAAGCGGCAGAAGCUGCUGCAAUGGUGGAUGCUGGAGUUUUGGCGGCUGAUGAUCCUCUUGCCAUCGACUAAUAGGAAUCUGCAAAUCUGGUGCAUGCAUGCUUUCUCCUCCCUCUACAGUUCCUCUUCUUCCUAAUCUCAGUUUAAUUAGUUCUAAUUAGCUAUUAAAUAUUUUGUUAAAGCUUGCUGGAUUUGGAUUUGAUUGGGUCUGUAAGGGCAUAAGCCCAUUUUAUUUUGUUGCGGAUGUUUGAUAGGGCAAGGCCCUGGAUUUUUGGUGGUUUGCUUGCAUUCCAUCUAUUUAGUAAUGAAUCCCUGCUUAUCAAAAAAAAACGAAGAUUUUGAAUGGUGGUUACCUGCGGUUAUUUCUUGGAUCUUUGUGAAAGGGAUUCUCAACCUAGAUGAGCAAGUAUGAUCUUUUAGUUUGUUUGUCUUUUAGUCUCCAUUUUAAAACUUUUUAUGGUGCUUUUUUUUUGUUGAUUCAGCUUUUGGAGGAAUGUGAUAUAUGUGUGCUGGAUGGUACUUUCCCUUUGUAGCUGCAGUAUAUGCGUGUUUCUGCGGUUUUUGUUCAGUCGAUAGAAGUUCGUACUGCAUUUUUGGAGGUUUUCUUCCUUACAAACGGAGGAACGGAAAGUUACAAUUCCGUGAGAAGGAAUUUCCCGGAGGCAGCGCUGAAAUUUUGCUUAAAAGAUUCUCGGAAGUUAAAGAUGUAUAUAGAAAUCCUGCAGCAGCAAGCAAGAUAAAGAAAUCAAAUCUCUACCUCUUUACAUAUGGGAAACUGAAGUCUGUUGCUCUUUGAUGCACUGCUGGGGUUUCUCUGGUCUUUUCGGGUGCAUAUGGGGGCGAGUCAUAUUGAGUAUCAAUUUUGCAGGGGGUCUGGGAUCAGGAAGGACUCAAAAGUGGUGCUCUAUAAAUCCAGUGCAAUAUAUCUUCCCAAGACUAUUUGGGUGCUCUAUAAAUCCACUACCUUAGUGCAUGGCUGAAGGUAUCAAACAGAUGAUUAUCUGGAGGUUACGUAGAGAUCGUUUCAGCCCGGAAGAUGAAUAUAUAUGGUCAAAUUUUGCUUCUUGAUGGAACAAGAACUGAUUGGAGUGUGAAGAUGCAUACUUCAAAUUUAGCAAUGCAAAGGCCUGUCAUAAGUUGGAGUUAACCAAGUGCCAUUUGAUAUUCCGGAAGCUCUAUGUGAUAACCUGCUAGAAAUUUUAGAAAGCUGCAUUACAUAGUCGGCAAGAAAUUGUAUAUUGCACCAACUUGAUUAAGAUUUGUAUUUUUUAGUUAAUGUCAGUAGUGUACAUGAUUCGUUGGGCUAUUCUUAAUUAUGUUGUUAAAAUGAUAUACUUUUAAUAAAUUUGUUAAAAGUAUAGUUGAAAUCACAAUAAAACA